GCCAUGGGCAGGUAGGCACUCGAGAGAGGCCAAGAGCAGUUGUGCCGGCCGUAAAGAACGCGAGCGAUUUGUUGCUAAGUACUGAAAACGCAUGUGACGGAUAACUCGGAAUGAAAUGGCAGUGCUGUAAUGUGUCGCCAUAGAAGGAGGAGAUUUACAGACUCGAAUGUGCUCUCCCAGUGUCGUAACUGAUCCAACACUGACGAUAUUUGUUGUAAGAAGGGUUAAAACGUCGGGAGUUUUGCGAAACAUCACCGUUCGAAUUAGUUGUGAAGGUGCAUCUAAGUUCAUAACCUCAAAAACAGUGAUCAGAGUGUAGAGUUUUGUACUUUUGAUGAAAACUGUGAAUUAAUGUUCCACGUUCUUGAAGUCUGUGUGCCGUGUGGUGGUUGAGGUAUUCAACGAGAAUGUUAUCGAAACGUCAGUGUGGAUAAUUUUGCAGAUAUUCGUGCAGAGGAUGAGAGGUGUGGACGCGACGGGAGGACGGAGGAAAAUCAACGUAUGUCUCAGCAGGGAGGCGUCCGUUUUGUUGAGGUCGUGCCAAGGAGCGCGAGGCACUAUGACGACAGAAAUUGUUCCAUGGGCGAAGUAAUUCACAGGUGACAUCUACCGGAUAUUUUCGACCAUGCGUCAGGGGAGUAUGGAGGAUGGAGUUCCGCCGACGGACACUGACGGCGGCUGGGACCUGUCCGCGAUGCGGGAAGACGACUUUGAGCAGCACGUCGUGUACAUCGUGCCCGACCUGCCCACGGAGGCCGGAUGCCCGAACCGCGCAGAGAGCUCGCUGCCCCGUAAUCUGGUGUUGAAGCCGUCCCAAGCCCUCAGCGACGUGCAAGGUGUGUGGAGUACAGGAUACAUUCCUACAGGAACAAGAUUCGGACCUCUCGUUGGUGAAGUUUAUGCCAAGGAUUCCGUUCCCGAUACCGCGAACCGGAAGUACUUCUGGAGGGUGCAAAUUAAAGAAGAACCAAGACAAUGGCCGAAGGUUUACAAAGACAACGAACUUUUCUAUUACAUGGAUGGGUAUGAUACCAGUAAGUCCAACUGGAUGCGUUACGUGAACCCGGCCUAUUCUUCGGCGUCGCAGAAUCUUAUAGCUUGCCAGUACAAGAUGAACAUCUACUUCUACACCAUCAAACCGAUCUUGCCGAACCAAGAGCUGCUGGUGUGGUACUGCCGAGAGUUUGCCGAGAGGCUUAACUACCCUCUGACAGGAGAACUUAUGCUGCAGAGGAUACGUCAGCAAGUACAGCAGCAGUCCGCAGCGGUUCCCUCCGAUCCUUCAAACUCCAGUGAGAGUAACUGCGAGUCGGCUGAUCGCGUUGGUGGAUAUGAAUCGCACCCUGUCCAGAUUGUGGUGUCCCCUGGCAAAGAAGUUAUGCAUAUUGGUGGCUAUGAGCCACACCCAGCACAGCUUACACCAUCCCCCAGUAAAGAAGUGGCAGGCCAUGGCUAUGAGCCGCGUCCGGCGCAACUUACACCCACAGAUGGCUCUGUUCGAUCAGAUGAGGGGUACCACAGCAAUGGCUAUCAUGAUGAUGGCUUCACACCACCAGAGGACAGCAGUGACUCAGACAGUGACAACAACUACGUUCUGGACUUCAGCAAGAAACCAACAGAGAGGGAGACGGCUGUGGUCGUAGAACCACCAGACAUCCAGAAAAAUGAAUAUCGCAAAGUGAAAAUCAAGAUCUCAAAAGCAUAUCAUUACAAAACUAAGCCUACUGAUACUACAGAGAAUGUCGAAGGAGGCGAUAAAGACUCGGCGUCUAGCCGGCGGACUCCAGUAACAUCUCCAAGAAGGGCAGUUACCCCUACUGAUACGGUGAUCAUUAUUGAUUCACCACCUCCACCACUUGUACCACAAAUUCAGCCAUCUAAACUGUACUAUGAACCGGAUGUGGUAAGCAGGCACAGUCCCCCCACGAUGAGCAUUCUUGAAAACAUCCUGACAAGGAACAGGACUGACACCAACAACAACAAGGACGCUUCGAACCAGAGGGUGCCAGCUGCUUCUCCCCCUCCAUCGUCACCUACAGAAAUGGCUUACUCAUACAAGAAGUCUCAUCGCUACGGUGCCCUUCCCUGCAGUCCAGACUCUAGUUCCAGCACAAUUAAUUCAACUGCAACAACCACAACACAGCCUCUCCCUCCAGUCCUUCCCCAGCCACCACCCCUAUCUCCCCAACACCCACAUCUAAUUCUGCCACCUUUACAACCGGCACGCAUACCUCUCCACUCUCCAAGAACACCAACUCCACCCCAACCAUCAGUUUACCUCACCGGACCCCAGUCUCCAAUUCCGCAUCCAGAGGUGACUUAUCUGAACGGACAACCUGGCAGUAUCCUUCCGUCGGCUCCGGUGUUUAACGGCCAUUCACCCUACCCAUACAGCUUGUAUUCGACACAAAAUGGCGGUAUGAUCCACCACCACAGUCCACCUGGUCCUACGUCAUACUCUCCACCUCACUCUUCAAAUCACAUCCUGGAACGUGGCACUCCUGGAAUCCACCACCCUCCACCCAUGAUUGGUUUACAGAAUGGCGGACUUGCAAAUGGUUCAAAUCCAAAUCUGCACCUGAGUCACCAUCUGCUGAUGCCAUUGGCGCCAUUGCAACAGCUGUCGCCACGGAAGUGCGAGAGGUCAGCGUCCCCAGACGCGGGAAGCUGUGGCCGCAGUAGUAGUCCCCACAGUCCAAACAGCGGUCAUGGGGGCUCCAGAGGCUACAAGUCUCUCCCGUACCCACUCAAGAAGAAAGAUGGCAAGAUGCAUUAUGAGUGUAAUGUCUGCUGCAAAACAUUUGGUCAGCUCUCCAACCUCAAGGUGCACUUGCGUACUCAUUCCGGUGAACGUCCGUUCAAGUGCAAUGUGUGCCCGAAGAGUUUCACUCAGCUGGCUCAUCUCCAGAAACAUCAUCUAGUCCACACAGGGGAGAAGCCCCAUCAGUGUGACAUAUGUAAGAAGAGAUUCAGCUCCACCUCGAACCUGAAGACUCACCUUCGACUGCACUCGGGCCAGAAACCUUAUGCAUGUGACCUUUGUCCUGCCAAGUUCACACAGUUUGUACACCUGAAAUUGCACAAACGUCUCCACACCAAUGAGAGACCUUACACUUGCCAGGGCUGCAGCAAGAAGUAUAUCAGCGCCAGCGGACUCAGAACACACUGGAAGACGACAAGUUGUCGGCCAAAUAACAUAGAGGAGGAACUGGCACUGGCAGUGGCUGCGGGAUCCCCGCCGGCCUACUUCGAGUAUGCGGGCUCAGACAUCAGUCUGGGGAGUUUAGAAAAAGAGAUUCCUGAUAUGGAUUCGAGGGAUUCGUACGAUGCUCAACAAACCCAACAUUGCAUCACGACUGCCAACAUGAGCAGUUCAGAUGCGCCAAGGCCUAGCGUGAUCGAAACGUCACAGCCUCAUGUGAUCGAGUGCACGUAAACAGUUUUCUGCUGCUCUGGGUCAGGAACAAUUUGCGAAUUGUGACUCGUGCGUCGUUGAAAUUCAGUGAAAUACGAGGACACGAUACCAUUAUGGUCGUGGAUCUGCAGAGUGAGUUCAAAUAUCAAGUAUUCUUAAAUGUGUUGAUAUACAACAUCAGCACAGCCAGUUAUUUAAUUAUUUGUUGGUAACAAAGAAAUGUUCCUUUAUUUAUUUUUGGAAUUGGUCAAACAGUGAAAUCUGCUGGAAGAAAGAAAGAGAUUAUUUUAUACCGUCGGCAGAAAGCAAUUCAUACGAAGACUGAUGUUUCCUUUUAGUGAUAAAGCAACUUGAACUUCAGAAACUGAGUGAAUACAGUAGCUAAUUUAUCCUCGUCCCUUCUGUCAUAGUCGUCGUCAUCAUCAUUAUCAUUAUUAUUAUUACUAUUAUUAUUAUUUAUGUAUAUUUUUUGUAAACAUUUGUAGACCUCUGUCCUUUCCCUUUUUUUUAUACAUGAAAUUGCAAUCGUGUACCGACAAUUCAGGGUUUGAUUCGUUACCUGUGUGGGAUGUGCACUUAAGAGUUUCUGAGGCACGGCUUAUCACAUGCCUCGGCAUAUUAUCAUCUUCUAUCACUCAGUUACACUGUUGUACGUUAAAGUAGUACUGUCACAUCCCGGGUAAGACGGAACUUCAAAUUUUGAAGAAAUGCGUCAGGCGGAUGCAGUUAGAAAAAGUCAAAAAUUUUCAAUCUCUCUACAACAAACUCAGCCCUGACAUUUGUUUUGUUUCUAUCAAUAUUUAUAUAAGUGUUUUAAUUGGUGUUAAAGUUUGAGAAAUACAGGUGAGAGUUUUUUAAACCCUUCCGUGGGCAGUGGGAAAUCUACUUCCCACUUCAGAUUUCCCCCAUAUCAAGUCCGUUCCACACACACACAUAUAUAUAUAUAUGUAUAUAUAUAUAAACACACCCGUACAUGCAGUUUGCUGCCUUGUUGUAGGCAGUGGGGACAUAUUUCCCACUGAAUUUCAUAUAAUUUGCCUAUGAAGAGGUUACGUGAACUAACGCUAAGGAUGAUGAGUUACAGAACAUGAUGCGCUGAGCAGCGGCAACACAAAUCCUGGCCCAGUAGAUGUCACCACUGGCCUGAUAAUGCUCUCUGUUAACUCAAUACUGUUCCUGCCAUCAAUAAUUUUUCUGUCUGUACUAAUAUAUAUAUAUAUUAUUUAUUUAUAUAUAUAUUAGAAUGGUUGAUGUAUUUUUCAUGCACGUUGCAUUGUCUACAGAUAUUUCUCCAUCACUUGACUGAAAAGUAAAACUUGUUGGCAUUAAUUGUUUGAUGAGUUGUCAUUCAUAAAGGCGUGCGUGGGUUUCGAUAGGUGUAACUUUUGUAACUGAAUGUAGUAAAUUAAUGUGAUUUGUUUGUAUAAACACAAUCUUAGUUAUGUUGUGAGCCACUGCAUUGAUUGUAAGUGAUCCCUCAGUUAUUAGACAUCAGAGGGUUCUAAUUUCAAUUCCCACUGCAGAUCAUUCUCUGCCAGAGCUUAGACUUUGCGGACACGUAGCAUACGAGUCGCUCGUCCUCGCACGGUGCUAAGCCGUCGUUCCCCUCUCGCGCUCAUAGACCGUGUGAAUGGGCUUCAGGAUAAAUGUGUCGCCGAUCAAGGCACGACGUUUUCAUCUCGGGCAAAAUUCCCCAGAAUUAAGACUGUGGUCACACAUGUAAUCAUGUUUGACCUUGAACUGCUCAAACACUGGAGUUGCAGGUUCAUAUCCUGAUUGAGACGCACCAUUCAGAGGUAGUAACCAUUUGUACGUUGAUUGAAAGAAGCCCUUUGGCAUCAGACUGUGAACUGAUGUGAAUUUGUGCUGAAUACAGCCUCAUUACUUAUUUCAUGUUGCCAGUCUUGCAUUUUUACAUAAUGUGUAAAAUGACAAAAAAUAAAAUGUGUGUACGUGUACGCGCACAAGGGUCUGGUAGUUUCUGCCUUUGCACUCUGUUGUUAUGGUUAAUGAGUCACUUCUCCUGGUGUGAGAGCGUGAGAUAGAAUUUAUGUCCGUUGUGGGUGUUUCACCAUCAGAAUGGGGUUAUCAGCUUCCCAGCGUCUGUGAUGCCGUCUUACCGUUAUUCUUCCGGCUAGCGAGAGCAGAACAUGAACCUGUCGUUCAGGACGGGCGAGGCGUGCAAGAUUGUUAGUAAUCGUCAACUGGCUCAUUUCUGUACGCUGUCACUGUAUUCCAUUUUGCAGAACUAUUAGGCACCGUCAUUUAUUCAUCUCUCACAAUCCAUUAUUAAUGUCACUGCCGUGUGAUGCUGUCUGACUCGGCUAGCAGCGACUCUUCCUUCAUUUACUUAUGAGAGAAACCGUCGUCGUGAUCAUUACAGUACGUUCCAGUUAUAAAUUCUAAUUUCCGGUUGUAGAAGUCAUCUUAAUGGAUGUUUUAAGUGUUCAAGAACUGUGAUCAGGAAAAUAUUUGUAUCCAGUAGCGAUGUGAGUGAGUCGUGUAGUAUUUUAUAUAAAGCACAUAGUGUCGUUAAAAUAAAAAUUACUGUGUUAUUUUUACAAAAUAAGAGUUGCUUUAAUUGUUAAUAAUUGAAUGUUUUUAAAUAUUAAAGGAAUAUAGAAAUUGUAAACUUCGCUGUGACAUUAAUGUUCUGUAAGAAUACUUGCAGUUGUUUGAGGAAUCUUAAAUACAGGUUAUUUCUUUGACUGUUACGAGGCUGGUGGACCAGGAACGUAGGAUGGAUUAGUGAGACAAGGAAUGUUUUUGGGUGGGACCGAGGACUAAGAAGAGGUGGAAAGUGGAUGGAACUGGCUCAGGAUCGUUUCAGUGUGAAGAGCAUUGACCUUCAGACUCAAUGUUAGUUAAUUCAUUACUGAACGUAGUAAGUUUAUUAAAAAGUAGGUAAAUUGGGAAUUUACUAAUGUAUUUAACCGCAGCCUAGAAUAUCAAUACAAGUUCUGACAGUCAUUUAUGUUGAAAUGUCAAACAUUGUAGAAUACGCAAGGCUAGAAAUUUUGCGUGGAAUUAUUUUCGUACAAGCCCGUGUCAGUUUGUGUCAAGUUUCAAAGUGUUAUAAAAUUUUCUCAGGCAAUCAGCUGCUUCAGUAUUAAAUCAAAAACCAAUGUUUCAGAGACCGGUUCUGUCUCCAUCGUCAGGGCCGGUGUCUCUGAAACAUUGG